AUGUUUUUGUUGUUGUUGUCGUUGAAUAAAUUUCCCACAAAGCAUACUCUUAACAUCAAUAUAGAUGCUUAUUCAUGUUUAUUCUCGUCUACUACUACUACUACUACUACUACUACUACUACUACUACAACUACUACUACUACUACUACUACUACUACUACUACUACUACUACUACUACUACUACUACUACUACUACUACUACUACUACUACUACUACUACUACUACUACUACUACUACUACUACUACUACUACUACUACUACUACUACUACUACUACUACUACUACUACUACUACUACUACUACUACUACUACUACUACUACUACUACUACUACUACUACUACUACUACUACUACUACUACUACUACUACUACUACUACUACUACUACUACUACUACUACUACUACUACUACUACUACUACUACUACUACUACUACUACUACUACUACUACUACUACUACUACUACUACUACUACUACUACUACUACUACUACUACUACUACUACUACUACUACUACUACUACUACUACUACUACUACUACUACUACUACUACUACUACUACUACUACUACUACUACUACUACUACUACUACUACUACUACUACUACUACUACUACUACUACUACUACUACUACUACUACUACUACUACUACUACUACUACUACUACUACUACUACUACUACUACUACUACUACUACUACUACUACUACUACUACUACUACUACUACUACUACUACUACUACUACUACUACUACUACUACUACUACUACUACUACUACUACUACUACUACUACUACUACUACUACUACUACUACUACUACUACUACUACUACUACUACUACUACUACUACUACUACUACUACUACUACUACUACUACUACUACUACUACUACUACUACUACUACUACUACUACUACUACUACUACUACUACUACUACUACUACUACUACUACUACUACUACUACUACUACUACUACUACUACUACUACUACUACUACUACUACUACUACUACUACUACUACUACUACUACUACUACUACUACUACUACUACUACUACUACUACUACUACUACUACUACUACUACUACUACUACUACUACUACUACUACUACUACUACUACUACUACUACUACUACUACUACUACUACUACUACUACUACUACUACUACUACUACUACUACUACUACUACUACUACUACUACUACUACUACUACUACUACUACUACUACUACUACUACUACUACUACUACUACUACUACUACUACUACUACUACUACUACUACUACUACUACUACUACUACUACUACUACUACUACUACUACUACUACUACUACUACUACUACUACUACUACUACUACUACUACUACUACUACUACUACUACUACUACUACUACUACUACUACUACUACUACUACUACUACUACUACUACUACUACUACUACUACUACUACUACUACUACUACUACUACUACUACUACUACUACUACUACUACUACUACUACUACUACUACUACUACUACUACUACUACUACUACUACUACUACUACUACUACUACUACUACUACUACUACUACUACUACUACUACUACUACUACUACUACUACUACUACUACUACUACUACUACUACUACUACUACUACUACUACUACUACUACUACUACUACUACUACUACUACUACUACUACUACUACUACUACUACUACUACUACUACUACUACUACUACUACUACUACUACUACUACUACUACUACUACUACUACUACUACUACUACUACUACUACUACUACUACUACUACUACUACUACUACUACUACUACUACUACUACUACUACUACUACUACUACUACUACUACUACUACUACUACUACUACUACUACUACUACUACUACUACUACUACUACUACUACUACUACUACUACUACUACUACUACUACUACUACUACUACUACUACUACUACUACUACUACUACUACUACUACUACUACUACUACUACUACUACUACUACUACUACUACUACUACUACUACUACUACUACUACUACUACUACUACUACUACUACUACUACUACUACUACUACUACUACUACUACUACUACUACUACUACUACUACUACUACUACUACUACUACUACUACUACUACUACUACUACUACUACUACUACUACUACUACUACUACUACUACUACUACUACUACUACUACUACUACUACUACUACUACUACUACUACUACUACUACUACUACUACUACUAUUGUAGUGAAUGACGACACACGAGACGGAACAAUCAAAUGUAUUUCAAUACAGAAUUACGCAAUCCCUUGGUAA